UUACACACACACAAACACGCACGCACGCGCGCACACCCGUAAAGCUCGAACGCACUCUCAUGCGCGCGCACACACGGAGCCGAACACAUGCACCAUACCGCGCGCGCUCACUCUAGACUCUGGAGCCUGGAGAGACAGUAAGGUGAAAAAAAACCCACCAGCACUAAUCCCACCCAGAGGCGCCUUGUUCCUCAUUCUCCUAAUCUGGAUUAUUAUGUUCUCGGUUUGACCAGGGUUUUUUUUGCGCUCGCGCUGUCUCGGAUGACUCGCUGCACCGGAAUCCGCCGCGGACGCGGCACGCGGGGUUUGGGGAUACAGCACGAGACCGUCCGGGUAAAUUCAUCAUCAUAACUAAGGCAGCCAAUCUCUACUAACAGCGUCCCUCAAGCGCCUGAGACCACUCGUCUCGCCUCGCUCCUCUGCUCACUUUCUUCCUCCGUUGCGCUCUCCCUCCGUCAUGGAGCCUGGGGGGUUAUGGAGCCAGGUGGACGAUCCGCUCACGGGGAGCUUCAACACGUCGGAAUCCCAAAUUCCUUCAGCUCCAAUAAUAUCGAGGAUGAUGGACAAUCAGUCCUACAGCAUGCCCAACCAGACCAUGCCGUUCUUCGGGAGCAGCGUGGUGAUGACGGCGGCCAUAUCAGUGACGGUGUUCAUCGUGGGGCUGGUGGGCAACACGCUGGCCAUCUACGUGGUGUUGCGGUAUGUGAAGAUGAAGACGGUGACCAACAUCUACAUCCUGAACCUGGCCAUCGCUGAUGAGCUCUACAUCCUUGGCCUGCCCUUCCUGAGUACGCAGAAUGUCCUUUCCUACUGGCCGUUCGGAUCCUUCCUGUGCCGCGUUGUCAUGGCAACUGAUUCACUCAAUCAGUUCACCAGCAUCUUCUGCCUCACGGUCAUGAGCAUCGACCGCUACCUGGCCGUGGUCCACCCUCUGCGCUCCAGCAGGUGGCGUCGGCCCCGCGUGGCCAAAGUGGUAAGCGCUGCGGUGUGGGCCACGUCGUUCGUAGUGGUUCUGCCGGUGGUGAUCUUCUCCGACGUCCAGGACAUGUUCAAUUCCUGCAACAUGAGCUGGCCCGAGCCACGCAGCCUGUGGCCAGUGGCGUUCAUCCUCUACACGUCCGUGCUUGGCUUCUUCGCUCCGUUGCUUGUGAUAUGCGCGUGCUACAUCCUCAUCGUGGUGCGGGUGAAGGCAUCGGGAGCGCGGACCGGAUUCGGGAGGCGGCGCCGCUCGGAGCGCAAGGUGACGCGCAUGGUGGUGGUCAUCGUGGUGGCGUUUGUGCUCUGCUGGCUGCCCUUCUACAUGAUCAACAUCGUCAACCUCAUAUUCAUCCUGCCCGAGAACAGCGUGAUGGUGGGUGUCUACUUCUUCUCUGUCAUCCUCACCUACGCCAACAGCUGCGCCAACCCGGUUCUUUAUGGCUUCCUGUCCGAUAACUUCAGGCAGAGUUUCCGGAAGGUUCUGUGUCUGCGCAGGGCAAACGGCGUGGAGGACGGGGAGCCGAGCGUGCCACGGACUGACAAGACCAGCGCCUUCGACGGCUUCCUACCAGUCAGGAACGAGCAUAUCAAUGGGCAUGUGCAGAACAACCAGGACAUGCAGUUGGAGCCGCGCUCGGGUCAGACUUCGAAACCACAGCCGGUGAAAUCUAAAGUGGAUCCUCAGACCCCGCCUGCACCCACCGAGACUCCUCCCUCUCUGCCGGAACAGCUCAGCCUUCACCCUCAUCCAAGUCCAUGAACUCUGGCGAGGAGAGGAUUGCAGGUAUGCGGUCGUGACUGGAGCGCCCAGCAGGAUGGAGGAAGGUGGAGCGGUCGUGAUGACUGUACUCGCUGCAGGAGGCAAGAGCAAGACGUGAGUGAGACGUACAUGCUGAGAGCUUUACAAACCUCUCUGAAGUUCACAGAGGAAGUCAGUCAGUCCUCAGCGUGAGUCAGCGGUGUGCCGGGAUGAAGCGUAGGCUGCUGCUCCUGAUUGAACAGAGAUGCCAAUUUCUGACAAACCCAUAGCUUAUCAUAUCACACACACGUCACUGAAACAACAAACCUCAAGCUUUCUUUUCAUUCAUUAUAUUAUGUCUAGUCUCCGAAUCCCAGACCCUGCUAGCGACUGCUGCUCCACGUCUCUCUCUCGCACCACCUCCCCCCUCAGGACCUCAGAGUCAGCGACUCAAAUGUUUUAUUCACACGAACUCUUCAGCACCAUGCUCGAUCAGGACCACGGCGUUGUGGACACAUGCCAAAUUCUCCAUGACAUGUUCCUGGAACCCUCAGUGACUUGUCAACUCUGUAUGCUUUAAACAUUAUAACUUCUGAGCAAGAAAGAAAGAAAACGAAAGAAAGACAUCUGAGUUCAGACCAAAUCUUCCCUCCAUCCCUCUUUCACCAGCGCUGCUGCUUCUUUUUGUGACAGACAGGAUGUAGUAUGGAGUAUACAGUGAGUAGUUUGCUGAUAGGACGCUGUGUUAUCCAGCAUCACUCCUGGACUGUUUUCACCUAUUGUUUAAUACAAUACUGUGAGAUUUGGGGCGUUGCCAUGGGAACACUGGGCCCUGAGAGCCUUUGGAAGCCAUAAGUGUGUGAACCAUUAUCUGACUAAGUGACUUUCAUUGAAAAAAGUGAAGGAUGGAAAGCCACGCCUCCUUUACUGUGACUGACUCGUAGAAGCCAUGCCUCCUUCACUGUGACUGACUCAUAUAGGCCACACCUCCUUCACUGUGGCUGACACAUAGAGGCCACGCCUCCUUCAUUGUGACAACACUUAAAAGCCACACUUAGAGACCAUGCCUUCUUCAUUAUGGUGACAAUUAAAAGCCACAGUUCCUUCACUGUGGCUGGCUCUUAGAGGCCACGCCUCCUUCAUUGUGACUGACUCUUAUAGGCCACGCCUCCUUCAUUGAGAUGACACUUAAAAGCCACACCUCCUUCACUGUGGCUGACACAUAGAGGCCACGCCUCCUUCAUUGUGCCUGACUCUUAGAGGCCACACCUCCUUCAUUGUGACUGACUCUUAGAGGCCAUGCCUCCUUCAUUGUGAUGACACUUAUUAGCCACACCUCCCUCAUUGUGACUGACUCGUGGAGGCCAUGCCUUGUUCACUGGGACCGACACUUAGAGGCCAUGCCUCAUUCACUGGGACUGAGGCCAGGCUUGUUUCACUGGGAAUGUCACUUUAAGGUUAUUAUUAUAUACUUAUCAUAAAUAUUGGCACCCUAGUGUGAAUCUGUGAAUCUUUUACGUGAGUGUUUAAAAGUUUAAUGUGAUUUUUUUUUUUACAUGUGCGGUAGUUUUAUAAACGAGAGAGAGAGAGAGAGAGAGAGAGGUUGCUGUAAAGACAUAGUGUAUUACGGUGUAAAUGGAUUGAAGUGCCUUCUCCGUUUCAGAGGGAUGAAGUGGUGUCACAGUACUUGAUGUACCAGACACUCGACUGCUCAAUCUCAUGUGGAUUGUUUGUCUUAAUCUCUUGUUUAUGCGUGUGGCUUUUUUCCCCAUGCUGCACGCAUUUCUGGCCCUGCCCCCUCACCCCCCUUUUACAAUGUCUGUUUGUUGUUUUGAAAGACUCUGUAUAAAUAAAUGUUUGCAGAUUUUCAUUUGGGUUUGUAAUCAAGCGUUGGCCUGGUCAGACUUUUCCUCUGAGCAUUAUCUCAUUAUGUUACAGUUUGUAUUGAUGUACAAAAUCUGUGUAUAUAGACUUAAAGCCUGCAGUGUUCACACACACACGCACACACACACACACACAUUGUUGUUUCUCAUCACCAUAAUCUGUUAAAGACCUUUUUGCUGUGUUGCUACCAAAGUGUUUGAUUAAAGUGUGUGUGUGUG